GCGAUGGCACAUUACAGUAAUCACCCGGACAGGCAUCAGAAUGGUUAUAAUGCCAAGACACAAUGAUAUACCUGAUCUCUGAGGCACACCAUUAUGGCUAAUAACAUAUCUUUGCCCAUCAACAUGGAAGGCCACGUUCCCCAAGUGUACAAGACUGCUAGCCUAGUCUUUUACAUCAUUAUCUUCAUUGUUGGCUCAGUGGUUAACCUGACAGCCCUCUGGGUCUUUGCCUUGACCACUAAAAGAAGGAACUCUAUCACAGUUUACAUGAUCAAUGUUGCUUUAGUGGACUUGGUAUUUAUCUCACUGCUUCCCUUUCGAAUGGUCUACUACAGUCAGGACUACUGGCCCUUUGGGGAUGUGUUCUGCAGGGUUAAUGCCGCACUGACUGUACUCUAUCCCUGCCUGGCCUUGUGGCUGUUUGCCCUCAUCAGCACAGAUCGUUAUGUGGCCAUUGUGCAACCAAGACACACCCGAGAACUGAAGAGUGUCCGUAAAGCCUUGCUGUCCUGUGCAGGGGUCUGGAUCAUGACCCUGGGCAGCACUGCUCCUCUUGUUCUCCUGGAAGAAGAUCCAGAUAGCGUCUCAAACUACACCACCUGCAUCAAGAUGCAUGACAUCAUCUACUUGCGCCGCGACAAUCCCGUCCACUUUGCACGUCUCAUCUUUUUCUUCCUGGUGCCUGUAUGCAUCAUGGUGGGUUGUUACAUUAUCAUUGUAGACAACCUAAUCCAUGGACGUACUUCUAAACUGAAGCCCAAAGUCAAGCAGAAAUCAAUAAGGAUCAUUAUCACAUUGAUUGUCCAGGUGCUGGUGUGCUUUGUGCCUUUCCAUAUAUGUUUUGUUUCCCUACUGUUGGAGAGCGGUGGGCAAGGUUACAACACCUGGGGGGCCUUCACCACCUUCUUAAUGAACGCAAGUACAGUGCUGGAUAUCAUACUCUUCUAUAUUGUAUCAAAGCAGUUCCAGGAUCGUGUGAUCAGUGUGAUCCUGUACAGGAACUACCUGAGAAGUGUACGCAGGAAGAGCCGUCAUACUAACAGCAUACGCUCCCUCAGCAACCUGACCAGUGCCAUGAUCUGAGAAAUAAUACAGUGGACAAAAACAUAUGUGUGCAUCUGCUUACAGAGAGUGUAAACAUUUUGUUUGAAUGUAAACAUCAAUGAUCAAUGAAUGUAGUUUGGAAGAAUGUCUACAAAAAUCUGUUUAAAGCUGUGAUGUCCUGAGCACAUAUGUAGCGAUCUUAUGAUAUGAGGUUGAGUGGCUGUAUUGUUGGUAGUAGUGGGCACUCCUACUGCUGAAAGCCCUAACUUUAUGUGUGGGCUGCAAAACUGGCCAAAGUUAAAAAAAAAUAAUAAUAAAUAAAUAAAUCUAUCACAAAUAGGAUGGCAUUUGUAUAUAAAUUACAGAGGUGUCUAAUGCCUCAUGAACAAGAUGAACGAAUAUCAAUGCAUAAAUCUAACUCAUUCAUGUAUGAAUUGCCCCUUAAAUCAUAUUAUUUCAAGAUCCAUUUUGUUUCAUGUUGCAAGUUCAUCAAGUUCAAAUUGCGAUGCUAGCUAUUGCCACAACUGACCCAAAAGUUUCAACUUUCAGAUAUGAAAAAUAAGUACAUUUGAGGAUGCUGUUACACAAUCAUGCCAUGGAGUUUGUAAAAUUUUCCUUUGCAGAAUCUUUUCCAACUUUCUCUGCACUCUUUUUACUGAUUUUAAACCUGCUAAGCAUGCUUUUUAAUUGUACCAAGUAUUAUUCUGAUACAGCCAACACCACCAUUUUAAAAAGGUUAUUUCUAAGGAUGAAUGGGAUGAAAUGCACAUUAAAAUGUCCAAACAGAAGGGUAAAACCUAAUUAAUUUAUAUAGUAUAAGAGCUCUUUAUCUAUAGAAAUUUAGUGAAUUAAUGCUGUGUUUAACAAAUUAGCAAAGAAGGUAAUUUUUUAAGCUAACCGCAAUGAAACCGAAAAUUACAUGAACAAUAUACCAGUGCAUGAUAAACUUAACCUGUCAUAUAGGUGGCCAGUGGGAGGCACUACUCACCAGGUCUUUCUAUACUGCCCUCACAGUGCUUUGUUCUAAUAUCACCAUUAGGUGGAGUCAUGUAUUAACAGACCAUUUUUCAUCACCAUUAGAUGAUCAUGUACAUUGUUUCAGAUGAAAGUGGCAUUAUAUCUGUUCAGUGGCUUCCAUUAAGGUUUUUCUUUUGUUCUGCUUAACUUUCCAUAAAAUAGAUAAGGCUGCUAAAAGACUGACUGAUUUCUUAUAUGUUUAUUUUUUAAAGCACCAAUAUCCACAUAUUCAUGUUGCCUGAAUAAAUGU